GAACAGGGCUCAGAAGAAAGCCUGACUCAGGAAGGGAUUUGAGGGGAAGAGGGAGGGAUCAGGCGGGCGGCCAGGGGUUGCUGUGAGUGACUCGGCAUUCAGGUGUGGCCUGCGGCGUCCUUCUACGGACCGCUCUGCCUUUUCCCCGAAGCCCGAACUUCCCCGCAGGCCUCUCCCGACUGUCCUACGCGAAAAAGCAGCGCUGCUUUCCUGUCUCUUAUCCGGACGGUGACGUACCGACGACCGCAGUGUUACUUCUAAAGAAAGGAAACACAGAAGUGAGGGAUUGACAAAUUGAGCGAAAGAAGAAGCUCAAUUUCAUCCAUAUCCGCCCUGCAGUGGAGGAAAGACGCGCGGAACUAACCAUUUGUUAACCGGAAUGGAGGAAGACAAGAAAGCCUGUUAAAGUACAUUUUGUUUCGGGGUCGCUGAGAUUGUGAUCAUUCCAGAGAUUGUAGGAUGACUGAAGUCAAAAGAAGGAGAGAAAGAGAAGAGAAAACAAAGAAGAGAGAUAAAAGUUUAGACUUUCAUGUACAAUAACUGCUGGGAAUUUAAAACGCACUUUUUAUUUUUGGUAUGACAGGAAAACAAAUGUAAUGUAAGAGUUUCAGUUCUUCCACUUACAAAGUUGAAUGAUAUGUGGAAAACACAUCUUUGGUUGAAAACCUUGAGGCCUGGAUGACUGGUAUGAGCUGGGAAGAGCUGAAGACUGGAGAAUUUAGGAUGUAUUGUUGGACAAAUUACUGAUGACCGUAACUGGAAUAAGCAGCAUAUGAAUUUCAAUGGAUCACAUUUAUGCGAUAACUGGAACCUUUGUCUGUCUUGCUGAAACUGGGAAAAGCAGCGUGGGAAGUUAAUACGUGGAUGUGGAGAAAAUGCAAUAGAUUUACCUCAACAGAAAACAGGAAGUAGCACUUCUCAGCAGUGUUUUGGGAAUGCACAGAAAUGGACAACUUGAGUGCUAAGCAGAAUUGCCAUUGUAGCAUGGGGCUGUAGAUUAAGUAGUCUGAACUGGAGGUCAGGAGGCACUGGAUUUGGAAUCAUACACAACUGGAAUUCCUCUCUGUGGAUGAACUGUCUUUGAUGAGGGGGAAUGGCCACUAAGGAUUACAACCAUCUCUUCAAGUUGCUCAUCAUUGGAGACUCCAAUGUGGGGAAAAGCAGUCUGUUACUACGAUUUGCAGAUAACACUUUCUCAGGCAGCUAUAUCACCACAAUAGGAGUCGACUUCAAGAUCCGCACAGUGGACAUUGAUGGGGAGAGAGUCAAGCUGCAGAUAUGGGACACUGCUGGACAGGAGAGGUUCAGAACAAUCACCUCCACGUAUUAUAGGAACACUCAUGGUGUGAUUAUUGUUUAUGAUGUCACAAAUCCAGAGUCCUUUGUAAAUGUCAAGAGGUGGCUGAAUGAGAUCUCUCAAAAUUGUGACACUGUCAGCAAGAUCCUAGUGGGAAACAAGAAUGAUGACCCUUCAAAAAGGCAGGUGGAUUCCCAGGAUGCUCAGCGCUUUGGGGAAUCUGUUGGUGUGAGAGUCUUUGAAACAAGCGCCAAGGAAAACAUUAAUGUAGAAGAAAUGUUCAUGGCGUUCACUCAUAUGGUCCUGAGGGCGAAGAAACAGAGUCAGAUCCGUGUGGAGAGGGAGCGCGAGAGAGAGAAAGACACUGUCAACUUCAACUCUCAGAGAGACAGAGACAGAAGAAAGAGAGGGAAAAAGUGUUGCUAAUUAGCUGGAGGACACUAACACUUAGACACUGACACUGAAAUCAUGUGGACAGAGAAAUUAUAUUGACUUAACCACUGUAAUACUCUGAAUAUUUUCAAUGUCUUAUGAAUGUUAAUUUUUUUUUUUUUAUUAAGAAAGAAUGAAAAUUAGAUGUUAAUAUAACACGCAAUAGUUAUCAACUGGAAUCUAUAGUGUGACCUUAAGGUUGCAUGUUUAAUUGAUUAACCAUUGUUGCACUGCUGCAGUACUGAGUAACUGAAGUGUGUCUGAUAACACCUGUAAAGUUUAAAGAGCUUAAAUAAAGUAUGACGUUAAGUCCUUCUGACCCAUUAACUUCUCACCAUCCCAGUACAACCUGAUCUUCUGAACGGAGUUGUCCUUGUUCUCACAACCUUAAUUUUUCCCUAAAAUAUGUCCUGCCCACCCCCCAGCUCCAGCUUUGUGUGAAAGGUCAUACACUUGUAGUAGCACAAGUGUUGUGAGUGGUGCAAUUCUGUGUUCAUUUUGAUGCCCCGUUUCUCAAAUUUGACACUCACAAAUGUCUUGGGCACUGAAUACUCACAGCUCUUAGGGUUUGGAUUCAAUUGCCACCUCAGGCAGUGUGUGUCAGGUUUGCAUGUUUUUUGCAUGAUUCCCCUGCAAAUUAUGGUUUCAUAUGUGAUUAGAUGAACUGAUCUUUCUAAAUUGCCAGUUUGUGUGUGUUGUGUGCACAGUAAUGGAAUUCUUAUCCAGGAUGUCCUCUGCUUUGUGCCCUGGUUCCUGUGAUACACUUCAGAACCACUCCACCUUACGACCUGGAUAAGUGGUUGUAAAGUAAACAAGUGAAAUUGUCAUUAUAAUAUGCAAAAUUCACUUCCAUGUAUCUAAUAAAUUCCUCAGGAUGUA